AUGAAAGUCUAUGCCGAGGUUUACUUCAACGGAGAGCCCAAAACAAGCAUCCGAACCACCGUGGACAUGGCUGGAGGGAUGAACCCUAAAUGGGACCUCCAACUCAAUUACACGAUCAACAUGGCCUCUCUCGACAAUCCUGGACUGGAGGUGGUGGUGAAGGUGAAGCUCUACUGCCAGAGAACUUGGGGAGGAGACAAGUACAUCGGUGAAGUCAACAUGCCGGUCAAUGCCCUCUUCGACAGGCGUACGGAUGGUAAAGAGGCGAGCUUCGAUGUGGAUGGGACCGAGAAUGGGAAGCUCAAGUUUUGGGAAUGA